AUGAAGGAAGACAUCAAAAACAUAAUAUUUAACAGCCUUACCGAGAAGUUUAGCAGCUUAGAACUAAAAAACGAGCUUUUAGAACAAAAAAUUGAAGAACAAAAUAGAAAGAUGAACAACUUAGAAAGACAGUCUAGACGCAAAAACUUGGUCAUGUUUGGUGUAGAAGAGCGCGAAAACUCAUACCACGAACUUGAAGAAAUGAUAAUCAGCAUAAUAAAUACAAAUUUUAAAGUAUCCUGCGAAACUAACAGCAUUGAAGCAGUACGUAGGUUGGGAAAAAAGGGAGAGAAGACCAGACCAGUAGUAAUAACGUUCAACACAUUAGGAUUAAAACUAAAAAUUCAGAAAGACAAAUAUUGUUUACAAAAAACCGCAUACUACAUAAAAGAAGACUAUCCAAUUGAAAUCUUAAAAAAGCGCAAAGAGUUGCAAGCCCAGUUAGAGAGAGAAAAAGAAGCAGGAAAUAGAGCAAUUAUAAGAUAUGACAAACUUAUCAUACUGAAUAAAAAACAUUCUCCCCGCAAUCAACCAAACAAGAGAUACCUUUCCGAAUCCCCGGAGACACCUAUGACUGCUAGCCAAGAAACUCAACACGUUGAAAAACAACCUUUGAAGAAAACCAAAGCGAGGAACAUGAAAAGCUACAUAACACAGACGCCCAAACUAGUAUUCGCCCAGAAAGAAGCACCUCAAAACCAAACAAAGACUUCCAAGGAUAAUGCAAAAUAG